AUGACCAGAGUGUUUGGUGAAGACCAUGAACCAAGGUCAUUUGUAGUUCAGAAUGUCAUAAACAUAAUAUCUCAUCUUGGAACAAAAAAAGUAGCAGUCACAGCUUCAACAGGAGUGGCAAGCCAACAGUUAGGUUUUGACGCAACAACCCUUCAUCACUGGGCUGGUAUACAGGAUGGAAGGUUCUCAAAGGAAAAAUACCGAGAGCUUUUUCUACAUGAUGAUGCUUAUUCUGAUAGCAGGAGACGCAUUGAAAAAACUUCAGUUCUUGUUAUUGAUGAGAUCAGCAUGGUAUCAGCCAGGACUUUUGACUUAGUAGAGCAUGUCUGUCGUCUUGUGAAAGGCAACAAUCAUGUAUUUGGAGGCAUGCAAAUAAUAGCCUGUGGUGAUUUUAAACAGUUGUCUCCAGUGCCAAAUCCAAGAUAUGGAGAUGGAGGUCUUUAUGCUUUUGAAAGUCCAUGCUUUCACCUAGCAUUACCUCACCAUAUACAACUCAAAAUGGUGAGACGCCAACAUGAAAAGGAACUGGUAGAUGCCAUACAUCAGCUUUGUGAUGGUUCACCUACCCCAGAGACCUUAGCAUUUUGUUCAAGCCUUGACAGACCCCUGUUUCCACCAAAUGCUCAACCUACAUUGUUGUAUGGUACAAAUUUUGAUGUGUCAUAUGUUAACCAUGUGAUGUUGGAAGAUAUGGAGGGUGAAGAAAUUAAGUUUGAAGCUGUCGAUGAAGGAAAUAUUCAGCUCUUGAGGAAAAGUCCAGUGCAGAAGCACCUGUUACUGAAGAAGGAUGCACCUGUAAUUCUUUUAAAAAACCUUGCUUCUGGCCUUUACAAUGGUAUGAGAGGGACUAUCCACUCCUUGGAAAAGGACAAACCUCCUGUAGUAAACUUUUCAGGAAAAUUGGUGACUAUGAAACAAGCUAACUUUGAUAUUUUUGACCCUGAUAGAAAUGUCACUCUAGCUUGUAGAAAACAAUAUCCACUUAGUCUUGCAUUUGCUCUGACUGUACAUAGGGCCCAGGGACAAACCCUGGAAUUUGUGGAAGUAGAUUGUUACUCUUUUUUCUGUGCUGGGCAGCUAGGGGUUGCCCUUGGAAGGGCAACAACUAUUGACGGACUGAGGAUUAGGAAUUUCAAUCAGGAUGCUGCUUUUCUGAAACAUCCUCAGAAAGUGUUUGACUUUUAUAAUGAGACAUUUCUUGUUCCUGAGGAUGAUCUGGAGUGCUGUAAUAGUUCGUCAAGUGCACUUUGCGAAAUACCAUCAGAAACUGCACAACAAACCGAGGAACAGAAAUUGUACAAAGAGGACUUUCAUCAGGAGGAAGAAAAUAGUCAAGAAUUUCAGCACAUUCCUGAUGACUUUAAAUACAACAUAAAUGACUUCUUAGAUGAAAAUAAAUCAGCUCAAUUUCUGAAAUCAUUUUCGUUGGAAUUCCUUUGUUCCCAAACUAUUAGAAAACAUGCCUGUUUCUUGCAGCACAAGGUGGAAAAUUAUAUGUCAUCUAGACUGAGAAAUCCCCCAGAAUUUACAGCAUUUUAUCACAGUAUAAACAGUUUCCUGUUAAGUGAUGAACAUAUCAAUUAUGCUAAACUAACUUUCAAUGUUCAACAGGUAACAAAAGAACAAAACAAGUUCAGUUCAAAGUUAACUUUGUGGAUAAUAGAUCAAAUCCUUGCUUCUAAAGCAAGUGCCAUUUUAGAAGAGCAAGAAGAUUCUUUGAACCUACAACAUGUACAAGGUGAACAGACACAAGGUGAUAUAAGUUGUGCAGCAAAGAACAAGGUGAGGUAUCUUGCUGGAAGAUGUGUUUAUAAAAUCAGAAGACGGCUUCAAGACUCCGUACUACAUAGACUGGGAAGCACAAGUCGAAAGAUGAAAGCGCUUUGUAACCUGGAUUACAAGAAACAGGCAAUUCUUCAGAAACUGAGGAUCAAGGAAGAGGAUGUUAAUACUAAUGACCAAACUGUGUUGGAAAUUAAAGCCAAACAAGGUGAAAGUAGAGGGCUUACUAUAGUUAGUGAACCAGUCUUUAAAUUUUUUAUCAGUCUUCAUAGAGCAAUACAGUCAUCUCUAACUAUUGAACACAUUAAUUUUCACACAGAAAACAUUCAUCAGUUUCUGAGAAAUAAGAUUGAUGAAAAUUAUUCAUUGAUACAGGAGUGGAUAAGUAUUUGUAAGAUACCCACAGAUAGUGAUAUAGAGGAUGAAAUAGUUUUACAACUCAUCAUAGAGCUCUUCCAAGACAUAAGUGAACAUUUCAUAAAAUUAAGUCUUGUUGACUCUCUUAAAGAGUUCAAACGACAAGUUCCCAGAAAAAAGAAAAUGGCUCUCAGAUCCAAAGUAACUGCUCUAUCGGAGAGAAAAUCUGGACAGAUUACGAAGAAACGCAAGAGGGUUGAAGCAGAACCUGGGCCAAAUUAG